AUGACCAUGAAAUGGCUUAUACUAUUGACUGUCUUAAGCAUCUGUUUAUCCAAUGAAGCACCACAACAAUCAGUAAUGAUAGGAGAUGAAAUGACAGAUAUAGCUAAAAAUGAGAUCGUUAAUAAAGAAAUUGAAGAUUUUAAGGAAGGAAAAAGCUCAUUCAAUCAAGCAAAUAUUUAUCUAUUGAUGAGAAAAACACUUGGAGAAAUCAAUGAGGAUGAAUAUGAAGCUGGGCUAAAAGAACUAGACAUGGCUUAUACUUUAAUGACUGGAAACCCUCCUCCUAUAGGGUUUUUGCAAGAAAUAAAUAAUUAA